AUGGCGAGGCACAAAUAGAUCCGAAGCACCAUAGCCACCACUUUAGAUACGCUGCGUCACACGAGCUUAACUUCACGUGCUUCUGGGCCCCACCUGUCCACUUGCUUGCAGCUGCACCUCUCUCUCUUUCCCCCCUCAUUGCCCACUUUUUCUCUCCAUCUCGAAUCAUCUCUUCCUCUUCUUUUGACUGUCUUCACUGUUUCAAACUGUCCACCGCAUUCCUAUCCUUUUUCUUUUUUUUUACCGUUUCAACAAGAAUAUUAUCGGACGUUACCCUGUGCUCUGUUGAUUAAUGCUCUCCUUUUUCGAGUUCAGCGGUGUUUUUCUGGCCAAAACUUGAGCGGGAAAGCAGUUGGCGAUGUUUGGACUAAAUUUGAAGCAGUACCCCUCGACGUUGCGCUCGCUUGCGAUUGGACAUUCGAUUUUGACCUUGUUUUCUAGCUAUGUUUGAUUGGAACGACGACGAGUUAACAAACAUAAUAUGGGAUGAGGCUGGGGAAAGUGAUGAUCAUAUUGUUCCAUAUCCUGAUCAAGUUGAGGAGAAACCUUCAAUUUUAUUUGGCGAUCCCCCUAAGAAAGAAAAAAAUCAGCGAAUUUCAAAUGCUAGCCCUCCUGAAGUGAAAAAUUCUCCCACCAGAGCUGAAGAUGGGGUUGAACUAGAUAGUAAUUGCAUUAAUGAUACUGGUGAUCCCGAGACAGGAUUUGAUCAUACUUCGUGGUCUGAUUGCCCCGAUCCAUCAUUAUCAAAUGUUGCAAAAGCUGAACCAGAUACUGCAGGUGCCAUGAUUACAAAAAACAUAGCAAAGAGUUCAGAACAUGGCUCCAUAAUUGAUGAGACAGCUCAAUUCAAGAAAGAUUCUGAAAUAUUUGAAAAUCCCCCAGAAGAUGGAGAACAAGGUGACUUUGUUGACUAUGGCUGGGCCAAUAUUGGAAGUUUUGAUGAUCUGGAUAGGAUAUUUAGCAACCAAGAUCCAUUAUUUGGGAAUAUGAGCGCUGGACACGCUGAUGAACUAUGGUCCCCUUCCAAAGAUGUAACCAGCAGCCCUCUAGGCACUACUCCUUUAUCUGGAGACUCCUCUGAUCCACAGUUUGGAGCACUAAGAGCCUCAAUUGGUCAAUCUGAGGUUAAGGCUGAAUACAUGCUAGAUUCCAGCCAGACACUCGGGUACAAAAAACUGAACGAGAUCACAUCUCAUGCUCCACAGGAUGUACAGGCAAGCUUAGAUAUUGAACAUUUCGGAGGUAAAAGUAACCUAUUAGGGAAAGAAAAGGUACAGAGGACUAGGUCUUUGAUAUUAUUUAGUAGUUUUUCUCUCUUUACUUCACAAACUCACGAGCUUCUUUGGGUGCCUUUAGCUUUUACUCUUGACUUAGUUAUGGACUCACCUUUCUCCUUUUGCUUAUUUAUUCAGUCACCAGCAACAAGUGGGAUAGUCCAAGCAGGCCUAGCACAACAUAAUGAUGGAACUGCUGCCACCCCUACUAAAUUCCCGGGCAAAUUGUUUUUGCGUGUUCAGGCUAAUAGGCAAAAGAGGUCUCUGAAGGGACAGAAGUUGGACAAAAAGAACGAAGUGAGACAACUUCAUAACUUAAGUGGUACAUGGUCAUCAUCCAGAAGCACGUUGCAACAAGUUAAUGGCCAGUGUUCACCAUCAGUGAUCAACCCAGGUCCACCUUUGGUGCUCACUCAGCAAAGCUCACUUCCAAGGCCUGAGCCGUUUCAACAAAAAUACUUCUCAGGGGCACCUUUAGGUACUCCUUUGUAUGGGAGUAUGGUAAAUCACUAUCCUAUGACUUCUGUCUUGCCACAGUUUCAUCCUGGGGAUGAAAACCAUGAACUAAUGUCGUCUAGCUAUGAAGUCCCACCUUCCAGUUCAAAUUCAAUAAAGAAUUCAGACGAUGCUGCAGUGAAGCCUCCAGCAAUGACACCAAGAGAAAAAAUUGAAAAGUUAAGGAGGAGGCAGCAAAUGCGAGCAAUACUUGCAAUUCAGAAACAGCAGCUGCAAUUUGGUAACCAGGUAUCUGUUUCUGAAAAUACUGGCAUGGAAGGAGGGAAAAACGAAGUUAAUGAAAGUCUUGGGACUUUUCCUUCCCUGGAACCAAGCUCGCCUGCUGAACAGUAUGAUUCUAAUACAAUCAGCACGACCUUUGACAACUGCUCAGUGGAGGAAUCGGUGCUCUAUCACCUUCAAGAUACCAUAGCUAAAUUGGACAAUAAAAUAAGACUUUGCAUCCGAGACAGCUUGUCUCGACUUGCCCAAAGUGCUUUUCAGAGGCAAUACCAUAAUGAUACAGGCAGUACCUGCACAAGCAGCAGAGAUGAAGUUCUUGGUAACAAAGAUUUAGUCGGCCAUGAGAGAUUCACUACAAUGGCGGAUGUAGAGACAGACACCAAUCCAAUAGAUCGGAUGGUGGCGCAUUUGCUCUUCCAUAGGCCGCUUGACUUUUCUGGAAAACCUUCUGAUGCACCUGACUCGCCUUUGUCUCCCAAGCUCUCAUUUGAAAAGAAAGCAAAUCCGACAGAAAGCUUAACCAGGGGACAUUUUGCUGAGAGCUUUGGGAACACUCAGAUUACAUCUCCACCAGGAUCGAAAACAGCAGGCACAUUUUCUGAAGGCAAUCAGUCCAAAAACUGUCCUGCUUUUGUCACUUUUGAGAAUGCGUCCAACACUGAAAAUACAGAUGGGGUACGGGGAAAGGUUGAAACCUCCAAUUGAAGAAAAACUGUGGAAAAAAACCCAUUUGAUCUGGGUAAUUCCUUCCUUUAUCUAUUCCACCAAUUUGAAUAUGUAAUUUACACCUUACUAUAUCAAUACUCUAGUAAUGAGGUGCUUACUUCUCAUUGUCAGCCACUUGGUUUUACUCAAGCGUGGUUGCAGAAUACCUGGCACUUGGCAACUGUGAAAGAAUCUAUGUAUCAUUUCAGGCAGUAUCAGUUACAAGUCUUUGUGUCUAUGCUUUCGUAUUACACCUCUGUCGAGAAACUGCUCUCUGUUUGACCUGUCUUGAGGAGUCAGCCAACCAGCCAUGCUUAUGUUGUGUGUGCGUCUUUUAGUUUGUACGUCGUCUGGUAAGGCUUUGAUAUGUGAAGCUACUAAAACUUCAUUUCACAAAGGGCCUGGCUUUGUCGUUUCUA